CAGUAUUACUUUCUGCAAUCAAACAAAAUGGGGCUAUGCAUUAAGGUUUGGUUUUGUGUACUGAGUGUGUUGGGGUUGGCGAUUGUGGGUGAUGUUGCCAACGCUCAAGAUUCAGCGGCAGAUUAUCUGAAUGCACAAAACACUGCACGAUCAGAGGUUGGUGUCGAGAACAUAGUUUGGAAUGACACAGUUGCUGCUUUUGCAAAGAACUAUGCUAAUGAGCGUAAAGAUUGCCAACUGAUUCAUUCAGGUGGCGGUGGCAUCUACGGGGAGAAUAUUGCAAUGAGCUCCGGUGAGAUGAGUGUUGCAGAGGCGGUGAAAUUGUGGGUGGAUGAGAAACCCUUCUACGACUACACUUCCAACUCUUGUAUUGGUGGGGAGUGUCUGCACUACACUCAGGUUGUUUGGAGAAAAUCGGUGUAUCUUGGAUGUGCCAAAGUAAGUUGCAACAAUGGAGGCACCUUCGUCACCUGCAACUAUUCUCCUCCCGGCAACUAUGUCGGCGAAAGACCCUAUUAACUUCCUCCAUCGUAGCUGUUACAUCAGAUCUAUUACAUAUUAAGACUAUGAAGUAUAACAUCACUGUGAUCUAUAUGAAUUUUCAUUGAUCUCGUCAUGUUUUUCAUUGUAGCAGAAUUCAUAUGUGAGUUUGUAACUCACGUAGUUAAUAAUGCUUGUCUUCAGUGUUGCGAGUAUUUGAUUUCUUUUGUUUGCUUGUGUUUUUUCUUUAAUUUCUUUUCUCUUUGAA